UUUUUAAAAAGAUGAACCAUAUGAAAAUUACCAAUCGUCAAUCAGCUUUUUUUUUUUUUUUUACAAAAGAGCAGUUUCAAAGAAUUCGACCUAAUAUUUCUCAAAUGCAUCUCCUCUUCUCUUCCCUGCCCCCAGUGUCCUGGUUCAGGCCUCCACACCUCCUGCUUGGCCCGACGCACCUGCUUCCUACCUCGCCUCCCAGUUUCCAGUCUGGCCACUGGGGUGAUUGCUCCACAACAUGCCUCUGAUGAAGUCCCUGCUUCAAACUCUUUCAGGGCUCCCUGCUGCCAACAGGACAAAAGCCAAACCCCUUAGCCAGCUUUUCAGGCCCUUUGCAAUAUCUGGCUCCCCUCCCCCUCCAGUCCCUGCCCACCAUGCAUCUUAUCCUCCGACCACACCGGACCACCACUACUUCCUUGCAUCCGCCUCCUCUUACCUCCUGGCCUUGGUACAUGCAGUUCCCUAUAACUAGAAUGUCCUUCCCACUCUUCUCCCCCUGGCUAACCUAUUAGACUUCAAGAACCAGCUCCCAGAGGCAGGGGCGGGCAUGUUUUGUGACCCCCGCCUCCCUGAUCCCCUCCUCUUCAGCCCAAAUCCAGAGGAGAGGAAAAGGGGCAUAGAUGGGGUGAGGAAAGCGGGCAGGAGAGAGCCGGGGUCGGGAGAAGGACGGUCCCUUUGGGGGAGGGGCACGUGUACCCGAGUGUUUAUGCGUGUGUGUGUGUGUGUGUGUGUGUGUGUGUGUGUGUGUGUGUGUGUCUGGGCCUGGUGCAGGCUGCAUGUUUGCUGGCUGGCUCUGUGUACCUGCGAGCGUGUGCCUGUUUGUCCCGUGGAGUCAGUGCUCAGUUCUGUGCCUGCAAGGUGUACAGUUAAGCUGGAGCUUGCCCAGGUUGGGGCCAAGUACCAGGAAGCUCAAGGCCCGGGCCUCCUGGUCGUCCUUUUUGCCCUGGCGCGUGCAAACCCGCCUGCCAACAUGACCUGGAUCGACCAGGAUGGGCCGGUGACUGUCAAUGCCUCUGACCUCCUGGUGCUGGCUGCCCAGAACUACCCGUGGCUCACCAAACACACCGUGCAGCCGCAGCUCCGCAGCCUGACACACAACCUCUCCUUGGUGGCCACCAACGAUGUGGGUGUCACCAGCGCCUCGCUUCCGGCCGCAGGCCCCUCCCGGCGCCCAUCCCUGAUCCCUAGUGACUCCAACAACCUGAAAUUCAACAACGUGCGCCUGCCGCGGGAGAACAUGUCCCUCCCGUCCCACCUGCAGCUCAGUGACCUCACUCCAGACUCCAGAGGGAAACCAGCAGACAAGCAGAUGGCUCAGGACAACAGCCAGCCAGAGUUUCUGGAUCCGGAGCCCGGCGGCCUCCUCAGCAGCCGAGGUUUCAUCCAUCUCCCAAUGCUGGGCUACAUUUAUCGGGUGUCCAGUGUGAGCAGUGAUGAGAUCUGACUCUGAGCUGAGGCCAAGACAGAGGGUUCCUUCUUGGCCCCUGGGCACCCUCCCGGUCCUCCUCCAAGGCCUGGCCACAUUGCCAACGGAAGAGGCCACGCCACUGCCACUUUUGCUUGUCCUCUGGGUCACUGGUAUCCUUGGCAAGGCUGCCAGCUGGACCUAAGCCCUUGUUCCAACUCUGGUUGAGGGCCUGCAUGAUUGCCUGUGCCCAGGCGGAUGGGGCUCUCUGUCCAGGUGUGCCUGGAGGUCAUCCAGCAUAUAAGCGUGGCAUGGCCUGUCGGCUUGGGGCAGCUCUGUGCCCCACACCGGUACUCCUCAGCACCGGGGGCAUGCCUGGUUGGGAGGGCCCUGCACGUCCUGGAUCUCCUUCCCAUGCUAUGCAGCUUUGUUCCCUCAGGGAAAAUUUAGGACCCUGCUAGCUGUAGAGAACCAGCCUGCCCUUUGCACAGGAACUCACCUCUGGCCCAGCAGCGCCGGCCAAGCACAAACCAGUACCCUUUG